AUGGCAAACGUUUCAGCUACAGAAGACCCUCCAACUCCUCAGAAAUACAUCAUGGCAAACGUUUCAGCUACAGAAGCCCCACUAACUCCUCAGAAACACACCACAGCAAAAGUUUCAGCUACAGAAGCCCCUCCAACUCCUCAGAAACACACCACAGUAAAUGUUUCAACUACAGAAGCCCCUCCAACUCCUCAGAAACACACCACAGUAAACGUUUCAGCUACAGAAACCCCUCCAACUCUUCAGAAACACACCACAGUAAACGUUUCAGCUACAGAAGACCCUCCAACUCCUCAGAAAUACAUCAUGGCAAACAUUUCAGCUACAGAAGACCCUCCAACUCCUCAGAAACACAUCAUGGCAAACGUUUCUGCUACAGAAGCCCCACUAACUCCUCAGAAACAUACCACAGUAAACGUUUCAGCUACAGAAGCCCCACUAACUCCUCAGAAACACACCACAGUAAACGUUUCAGCUACCGAAGCCCCACCAACUCCUCAGAAACACAUCAUGGCAAACGUUUCAGCUACAGAAGCCCCACCAACUCUUCAGAAACACACCACAGUAAACGUUUCAGCUACAGAAGCCCCACCAACUCCUCAGAAACACACCACAGUAAACGUUUCAGCUACAGAAGCCCCACCAACUCCUCAGAAACACACCACAGUAAACGUUUCACCUACAGAAGCCCCACCGACUCCUCAGAAACACACCACAGUAGAUGUGCCAGCUGCAGAAGCCCCUCCAACUCCUCAGAAACACACCACAGCAAGUGAUUCAGCCACAGAGUCCCCAGCAACAGCUCAGACAUCCCUUAUAUCAAAUGCUGUAUCUACAAAGACCACACCAGCAUCCCAGAAUCUCGUCAUGGCUAAUGCUUCUGCUACAUUUGCCACACCAACAGCCCAAAGAUUCACCACAGCAAAAGCUUUGUUUACACAGAGUCUUCCAGCAACACAAAAGUUCACUCCUGCACAUAUCCCAGUGACUAAGGGUCUCCAGAUUACACAAAGAUUCACUUCUGCUCGUAUUACAGCAGCACAGGGGGUAAAUGUUCCCAGGGCAACCACACGUUCUCAUGCAACAAUCAUAUCUAAAAAUGGAGGAACCUCUUCUUCAGGUCAGUUGACCCUAUUCAGGUUGAGUAUGGAUCUAAUGCGCUAUGGUGGAAAUUUAAGCUUGACCAAGAUUGCAAGGUUAAAUAGUGUCAAUUUAUUGUAG